AUGCAGCCAAUUCUCCUUCCCUCAGCCUCAAACGCCCUCUUGACGAUCAGCAAGGCUCAUGAGCACGUUUGGGUCAUCGAAUUGCACAAUGGAGCCGACAACCGACUUACAGAGGAAAUGUGCCAGAAAGCGCUUGGACCAGCGCUGGCCAUCGUCGAGGCGCAAUGGAGAGACGCGUGGAGGGGCCCCUUUUAUGACAAGGAUGAUGGAGAAAAGGUGGGAGGGAGCGGCGCUCUUAUCCUCGUCGCGAACCGCAAGCAAAACAAGUUCUUCUCUAAUGGGUUCGACUUUCCUACAAUCUCCACGAAACCACACUUUAUCCCUAAUUCGUUUGACCCUAUCUUGAAGCAUUUGCUUGGGUUCCCUAUCCCGGUUAUUGCCGCCAUUAACGGGCACGCAUUUGCCGCUGGAUUCAUGCUGACCAUGGCAUGUGACUACCGAAUCAUGAAGGCCCAGAAGGCAUGGCUCUGCAUGAACGAACUCCUCUUUGGCGGACCUAUUCCGCACUCCUUUGCGUUACUUUUCAACGCAAAAAGCACUGAUGCCAUGGUCGUUAGAAAGAUUUUCUUGGAAGGCCAUCGGUUCACAGCCUCGGAGGCGCUCGAAGCCAAGCUUGUAGACGAGCUUGCAGAUGGGGACUCCGAGGUCGUAUUCAAUGCAGCGCUAAAGAAGGCGCUUAGUCUUGCACACCUCCCACGCCUUGGAGUGUACGGACUGAUCAAGAAGGAGAUACACCGCAAAACGUUGGCUGGGAUCUCCGAGAAUCCACGAAUUGUUCAUGCGUUUGAGGAGGACGCAGAAUUCGUUAACAAAGUCAAGCCGAGGUUGUAA